UUUAAGAAAGUAUAGUUAACUGGAGCUGGGGAAUAGCUCAGUGGUAAAGCACUUGCCUAGCAUGCACAAGGCCCUGGUCCUGGGUUUCAAUCAUCAGCCUCACAGAACAGUUUACUAUGUUCUUUUCUUUGAAACAACCAUGUUAGGGAGAGAAAUUAUUCCCUUUAGUUUGAAUAGUAGUGCUUCUGAAUUGCUUGGAAGUAGUUACAUAUGAAUCUUUGUAUAAACUUGUAUCUCUCUCAUUUAAAAGAAGAGAUGAAGGAAAGGAAUUAGCCCAUUAAUUAUUUAAAAUACUUGGUGCAACUAUUCCUAUGAAUUAAUCCAAGCACUUGGAAGACAAUUACACUCAGUAUUAAUAACUUUGCCAACCUUUUCCAGUAUGCUGCACUCCAAAUACCAUUGUGUUUUCAUUGACAACAUUCACUAUUACAUAUGCAUAUGAAAAACAGGCAUUUUCAUCAGAAUUACUGUAAUAGUAUUAAGAGAUUAUUAUUUUUUCCAAUUUGCUUGGAAAAAAUUUACUUAAAUUAGAUUAUUUAUUACUUGACUGCUUUCCUAUCUUGCCUGUAUGUUUAAGUAACUGGAGUCCAUAGAAGUAUAAACUUCAGAAUAUAAAGCAUGAUUUUAUACAUUAAUGAUUUCAAAUAAAAGAGGAGGGCUAUUUUCCUGCAUCACUUCUUUCAAGAAAGUUAAAUCUGUGUUCUGCUUAGGAGAGAUAACACUUUUUGUCCCUGUAGGUGGCCCCCCUGGUGUAGCCAUUAGUUGCUAAUUACUUGCAAACAAAUAAACAAUUAACUCCUUAAGCUGCUGGCUGGGCAAGAGUUCAUUGACAUGCUAAAACUUCUAAAACAAGAUUUUAAUUAGUGACGUUCUAAAUCCAGCCCCCUUGUCAGCCGAGCUAUAAAUUGAGCUGCAGGAAGAUUCCAGCCCUGUACGAGAGGGGCCAAGCCUUAAGAAAGGCCAGAGCUUUUGCUCUGUAGCCCGUGAGAGGAUGUCUCCCAGCCUUCAUGAAGGUGCUCAGCUUAGGGAAAGCAAACCCUCACCUUGUUCCUUUUCAAUUGAGAGCAUCUUAGGACUGGACCAGAAGAAAGAUUGUGUUCCAUCCAUGAAACCUCACAGGCCCUGGGCAGACACCUGCAACUCCUCAGAGAAAGAUGCUAACCUAUGUCACGGCUCGAGUCUUCCUAAUGGGAUCUCAUUUCCUUGUAUGGUGGAUCACCCAAUGCCAGAAGAAAGAGCUUUGAAAUAUGAAAAUUACUUUUCAGCCUCAGAAAGAUUAUCUUUGAAAAAAGAGUUGAGUUGGUAUAGAGGCCGAAGACCUAGAACUGCUUUUACCCAAAACCAGAUUGAAGUAUUGGAAAAUGUCUUUAGAGUAAACUGCUAUCCUGGAAUUGAUAUCAGAGAAGACUUAGCUCAAAAAUUGAACCUUGAAGAAGACAGAAUCCAGAUUUGGUUCCAAAAUCGGCGUGCAAAACUGAAGAGAUCCCAUAGAGAAUCACAGUUUCUAAUGGCGAAAAAAAAUUUCAACACAAAUAUCCUGGAAUAGGUAGAAAAUUAAACAUGUGAAAUUAUCUUCCAAUUGCAGAGCAUGAGAAAUAAAUGCAAAUAUCAAGUGUUAAAAA